AUGUCUGACUUUUGGCUAACCGACCAUAUCCGACAUCUCGUGGUGCAACCCGCAGAUGCCCGCCUAAAUCCACCAGAAGCCUAUCUUUUCGUGCAGGAUGGACUCAUUAUCUCCUGUGGGAUACUAUAUGCCCUUACCUAUGUGUUCUGUAUGAUGCGCGCUGUUAAAGAUCGGGUUUUGCCUGGCUCGAUCAAAUACCUGUCUCUGACAUUGGCGUACGAAUUAUACUACGCCUUCGCGACUACCUCAACCCGAACCGAGAGGAUCUGUUUCCUAGUAUGGUUCCAGCUCGACCUUAUUUUCGUCGGGCUUGCUCUUUGGCGCGUUUACGACCACGAUCAGUGGCGACGGGUUGCUGCGGAGAUGGUCGUCUAUUUCGUAACAGCGUGCGGACUGUUCAGGUAUCUGGGCUAUAUCUAUCCCGACGACCGCGAGCAAGUCACGGCAUAUUGGACAGGAAUACUCUUACAGCUCCCGGUUGGCUGGACCUACGUGUAUCGGCUGUUGAAGGAUCGGUCUGUCCUGGGCCAUUCUCUUGAGAUCUGGCUUGUGCGCUAUCUAGGCUGUUUCACAGCUUACGGUGUCUUCAUCUGGCGUUAUCUAAACGUCCCUCAGAAUUGGGAGGGUAGGGUGUCUCCAAUAAAUCUGUCCCUUGACCUAUCAAAGGUUAACCUAUAA